AUGACUCAGGUGCCUGCUGACUACCUGUCAACCACCAGCUCCUACAACUAUGAGCCACCCCUCCCCUCCGUGGCUCGGGCCAGCACCCUCACCAAGGUCCCUGCAGCCAAAAAAAUAACCUUCUUCAAGAGUGGAGACCCUCAGUUUGCAGGAGUCAAGAUGGCCAUCAACCAGCGGAGCUUCAAGAGCUUCAACGCGCUCAUGGACGACCUCUCCCAUCGGGUCCCGCUGCCCUUCGGGGUCCGGACCAUCACCACCCCACGAGGAAUACACUGCAUCAGUGAGCUGGACCAGCUGGAGGAUGGAGGGUGCUACCUGUGCUCCGACAAGAAAUAUGUGAAGCCCAUCAGCAUCACCUCCGGGGGACACAGGCCGGCCCCGCCACGGAACAGUCGCCCCUCCAGCACUAUGAGGAAGGCAGCUCAGGAGGGCAAGCUGGAAGAUUAUUCCGCACCUUUCACUCAUCAUGGUCCCAGAAUACCCAAGAAAAUCACUCUGGUCAAGAAUGGGGAAAGUGGAUUUCGGCGCUCCAUCAUCCUGAACCGCAGAAAUGCCCGGAGUUUCAAAACGCUCCUGGAUGAGAUCACGGAGAUCCUGCAGUUCCCGGUGAAGAAGCUCUACACUAUUGAUGGGAAGAAGAUCGACAGCAUGCAGGCCCUGCUCCACUGCCCCAACGUGCUGGUGUGCGUCGGCCGGGAGUCCUUCAAACCUGUAUCCAUGGAGAAUUUGAGGAAACACUCUGUGGAGAAGCUGCCCAACCUGCCUCCCCGCUCCAACAAUGGCAACAAUGUCAACGAGAACAAUGAAAUGAACUUCGGACUGAAAGCCAAAAAAAGCGUUAUCCAUCCACGGUCAGCAUCCAGCAACAGGUCGAUGAGAUUUUCCUUGUCAUCAGAAAAGUCAUACCCCAAUGGCCUCGCAGCCUCUCCAGACAAUGGGGGGCCCUUCUCCAAUGGCUGCUCUCACCCAAAAGCUGGGGACCUGGUCCAGUCCCUGGUCAACGAUGACAUCGAGAAGCGGGUCCACGUGAACAAGGAUGGGAGCUUGUCCGUGGAGAUGAAGGUUCGCUUCCGCUUGCUCAACGAUGAGACUUUGCAGUGGUCCACCCAGAUCAAAAAGUCUAACCUGAUGAACCAGCUGCCUUGUGAGGAGUCAGGAGUGGAGGAGGACAGCGGAGCAGAUCCCCUACAGAAAAUGAACCCAGAAGCCAGCUCAGAGGCAGAUGAUUCCUUAUAUCCCUGUGAUAUUGAUUCCUACAUGUCCAGACUUGAGGAAUCAGAAUAUGACGAGGCCCACUGCCACAGCUGUGGAAAGAAACACCAGGACUAUGACAUUUGGAAGAACCCCAUGCACAUGUCCCAGAGGGAAGAGCCCGGUGUGCGAAGCACCUGGCACACACGGUCAUCGUGCUCCAGCACAUCUUCGCACAGGAGAGUAGUCCACAAAAAAAUGACAUCUGUGGAUAGCAUCCACACCACAUCCAGUGAGGAAUUCUCUGAGCACAUUGUGAGAGAGUCCUCAUCCUACUCAGAGACUAUAAAGAACAGAGUGGCGUAUCGAUCUGUUAAAAAGUGUGUGUGCCGAAGUGAUUUAUCCACUGGCGCUUCCAAUGGGGAAGAACAGCAGGAAUACACCAGGACAAGCACAGGAAACAGCCAGAGGCCUUCAUCCUUGGGCUUGAUGUCACAUUCAAGCUGUGAAAACAACCUGGACACUCAAGACAGCCCUGAAGACCAGGAGAUCACCAAAAUAAUUUCACAAAAUGAGGAUGCAAAUUGUUUCGAAGCUUCCUCUGUGAAGUGCUUGAAGGAUGACCCAGAAGAGGUUGAAAGCAGCAGAGUUGGGAGUGUCAUGUCCAGGUCAUCCCUGCAGUCCAGGAAGAGCAAGAAGAAUGUGUGUGAGGAAGUGAGCAGCGUGGGCAGGAGCAUGUCCUCCUCAAGCCUUCAGAAGGCAAACCAGGGAGAGAACAGCCAGUGCUCCACCCCUGCCAACAGCGUGCACAGCAAGUCCAGUAACUGCACCACACCAAAAGAAAAGGCUGAGCAGGGUGAGACCUCUGAUGACAACCCAGUGGUGUCCUCUUUCUCCAGUGAGUCCUGCCCCAAGAAAAAGGCUGAAGAGGUGGAAGCAGAGCAGGAAGAAAGUGAAGUCAAUGAAGUCAGCUCAGUGUCAGCAAAAACAAAGCCAAGCCAAUCAAUCAGGGGUGAGAGCAGUGAGGGGGAACGAUGCUCUACUCAGGGAACCCACCGUUCCAAGGCUAGUGACAGGAGCAGCAAGAAAAGUGGCAGUGAAGAGAACGUUCCAUGCAGUGUCUCUUGCUCUUCCAGAGGGUCCAAAAAGAGCAAACGCAGCCACAUUCAUUUGGACGCACAGUCUGAAAUAUCUGUGUCUUCACUUGAAUCCACUCCGAAUAAAAAGAAUUCCCUAUGUGCAGAUGAUGCAAGAUCAGGCAGCGGGGUAUCAAUUUACUCCAAAAGCUCAUGUGGAAUCAAGAAAAAAUCUGCUGGAGACACCAUGUCUCAUAAGUCAGGAUCUCAUCACUCAAAUAUUUCAUCUACCAGUGAACCAGAGGCAACUGCAGGUCCUGCUGAGGAGGAGAGCUCAAAAAGUACUGCCAAUGGCUACAGUGAAUGUUCAAAAAGCUCAAAGAAGAGAAGCUAUAAAGAAGAAAACAGCAAGCCAUCAUCCCUCUGCUCAAGUGUUUCAAGUCCUAAUGGAAAAUCUGGAAAGGGUCAUGGCAAGAUUAGUUCUGAGCCCUCUUCUUCAAAACAGGGAAGCGUGAGUGGGAGUGUACGUUCAAAAGUUGACCACCCAAGUGAGGAUGGGGUUAGGAAUGGAAAACCCACAAGUAGCUCCUCAAGAGUCUCUUCAAAGUCAGAAAUAAGAGAUAAAUGCGUGUUGACCCAGAUAUCCCAGGAAACUGAUGAUAGGUGUUCACAAUCAAACAUGUCUCUGUCUUCAAAAUCAAGACAGACAAACAGGAAAAAUCUUCGUGUGAAGGUGGCAAACUCCAGCCGGGCAUCAGUGUCAGAGACUAUGUCAGUGUGCAGUCUGCAAUGCCCUGCACCACCGAAAGGGAAGCCAAAGAGAAAAAAUAUGCGUGCGACCAUGUUGAAAAAUUCCUCCAUCAGCAGCAUCGGCACCAAGUCCAUGCUGACCGCAGGGAGAGAGCAGAAAGAAAUUGUGGAUUCCUCCAAAGCAACUUCCUAUGGCUCUAAAUCCACUGCAACCGAAGGAAAUGGUCAGAAUAAUAAAGAAAUUGAUGAUUCUUGCAACAAAAAACCAGAGGAAGAGGUAGAAGACACAGGUGUUCAGGAGGAAGGAGGUGAUUUAAUGCCAUCAGCUCUACCAAAUACAUCUCCAGAAGAGGUUGUACAAGAGUGGCUCAGGAAAAUCCCUUCGGAAACAUUGCUUAUGAAAUAUGAAAUGGAAGAUGAUGGAGAAGAAGAACAUGCGGAGUCGACCACUGAGGAGGAGGAGGAGGCUGAAAAGGAUGAAGCAAAGGAUGAAGCAAAGGAUGAAGCAAUGGAUGAAGAAAAGGAUGAAGCAAUGGAUGAAGUGGAAGAGGAGAAAGUAGAAGACACAGCUGUUGUUGAAGAGGCUGAAGAAUGUGUGAACCAGGAAGAAAUCUCUGAGGUUCCACCUGAAGCUGCUGAAGCUGAGCAGGCAGAAUGCAACAAGUCAGUUACAUCCAGCCAAAAUAACAAGAGAGACCUUCCAACCUCUGUCCAAACGUCUGUCCAGAUCAUGAAGGCCUUGCUCAGUUCAAAACAUGAGACCAAAUUUGACCGAUCAAACAGUUUGCCUGAAGUGUCCCCCACAAUGGGGAGGAAACUGAGUAACUCUGCCAACAUUUUGAUUACUUGUCUUGCCAGCCUCCAACUCCUUGAUGAGGAGUCAGAGGAUCCAUCAGAAAACUCAAAACAUUUGAAUAAGUCAAGGUACACAGAGCUGCUAAAUAUUUUUCAAGCCCUGUGGUUUGGGUGCACUGCUGAAAGGAGCGGCCCAAGCUCAGACCAAGAGGCAAGCAAGGUGGCAAAGCCAGUGUCUGGGUCUAAAGCCCCAAAAUCCAUGGAUCACGCCUUCACUCCCAUGUCCUCCUCUGGGGUUGAUGUUUGCAGUUGCUCUGGUGGCUCAGGAGAAGAGUGCACAGCUGGUGCCACGUUGGUGGCACAGAAAACCAUGGAAUGCAAAUCAGACGAGCAAAUGGAAAUUGCAGAGACUGGCACAGAAGUGACUGAGGUUGAGGAGCAAAGUAAAGAGGAAGAGCAGCCAUCCCGCCCUUCCACAGCCUGCUCAGAGGCAAAAGGUGAGGAAAAGGCAGAGUCUGCUAGAGAGGAGUCUGUAAUCCAGGAGGAAGAAGAGAAUAAGGAGGAUCAGGGCAGUAAUUGUGAGCAUGGUCAGGAGGAAGGGGGAGAAAAUGAAGAUGAAGAAGAAAACAAAUUAGCUGAAACUGGAGAACAAGAGGAAACUGAAGAUGUGAAUGAUGAAGUCCCACAAGAAAACCCUGAAGAAGAAGCUGACCAGCCAGAGACCACUGGUGAUGCCAAUGUUGGUGAUGCUGAUGUCGGGAUGGAGCCGAAAGAGGAGUUGCAGGAACAGCCCCAAGAAGAGUCCCCAAAUGACCCCAAGCCCAAAGCUGAUACAUCCACCAGUGUGGGCACAUCCCUUUUCCAGCAAAACUCCAUGGAUCCAGACCCAACCUGGGUCCUGAGACUGCUCAAAAAAAUCGAGAAGGAGUUCAUGGCUCACUAUGUCAAUGCCAUGAACGAGUUUAAAGUCAGGUGGAACCUGCAGGACAACCAGCAGAUGGAUGCAAUGAUACUGGAGCUGAAGGAGGAAGUGAGUAAAAGGAUACAAAAGAGCAUAGAGAAGGAGUUGAGGAAGAUCAAAAGCAGGGCUGGAAGGAGGAUGCCAAGACCUCCAGAGGGGCCACCCACACGCGCGGAGUCCAAACUCCAAACCGAGCAGAGGAGAUGGCGACUGCAAACUAUGCAUAAAAAGUCCCUCUUUGGGGACAAGAAUGGUGCCCAGAUGAGGCUGGAGGAGACAUCAGACUUAUCAUUCGAUGCAGAUAAUGACUUUAACCUUAGUGCGGCUUUGGAGGACAGCAUGAGCAAACAAUCCAGUGAGGAGGAAUACUGUCCAUGUGACUCCUGUGUGAGGAAAAAGCUGGCUUCCAGGCCUGCCAGAGCCCCUGUGGUGGCCACCAAUGCCCCAGUCAUGAAGGCCUUUGAUUUGCAGAAAAUCCUGAGGCUGAAGAAAGAUGGAAAUGAGGAAGCCAUUGUCGCAGAAUCAGCCCAGGACACCAAAGCACUUCCCAAUGGUUCUGUGGAGGAAGGGGCAGAAAACAAGGAGAAGGACGAGGAGCAACCUCAGGCAGGUGAAACAGAAGCGGAGGAAGAAGAAGGAAAAGAGCCAGAAUUAAAUGAAGAUGAUGGUGCAACCUUGAAUGGAGAUGGAGAGGAACCUGAAGAAGAAGAAGUAGAGGAGGGAGAUGAAGAAGCAGAAGAGGAAGAAGCCAAAGAGGGAGAGGAAGAAGCUAAAGAGGAGGAGGAAGAGGAGGAGGAGGAAGAGGAGGAAGAGGAAGAAGCAAAGGAGGAAGAGGAAGAAGCCAAAGAAGAGGAGGAAGAAGCAAAAGAGGAGGAAGAAGAAGCAAAAGAGGAGGAGGAAGAAGAAGAAGGGAAGGAGGAGGAGGAAGAAGCAAAAGAGGAGGAGGAAGGGAAAGAGGAAGAGGAAGAAGCUAAAGAAGAGGAAGAAGAAGCAAAGGAGGAAGAGGAAGAAGCCAAAGAGGAGGCGGAAGAAGAAGGGAAGGAGGAGGAGGAAGAAGCUAAAGAAGAGGAGGAGGAAGGAAAGGAGGAGGAGGAAGAAGUCAGAGAGGAGGAGGAAGAAGAAGGGAAGGAGGAGGAGGAAGAAGCAAAAGAAGAGGAGGAAGAAGAAAAGGAGGAGGAGGAAGAAGCCAAAGAGGAGGAGGAAGAAGAGGAGGAAGAAGAAGCAAAAGAGGAAGAAGAGGGAGAAAAAGAGGAGGAAGAAACAAAGGAGGAGGAGGAAGAAAAAGAGGAAGAGGAAGAACAAGAAGAAGAAGAAGAAGCUCAAAAUGAAGAGCAAGAAGCUGAAGAAAAGUCCAAAGGUGAAGAUGAAGGUGAAAAUGAAGCUGAAGAAACAGAGGAGCCAGGGGAUGAGGAAGUUGUGGCUGAUGAUGAGGCAGAGACGUCAGAAUGCAGAGGAGAUGCUGAGGGCUCUGGAACUGACAACAAUCCUGAAGGAGAUGCUGUGGAAGGAAAUGAAGAAGCUGAGCAAGCUGAAGCUGAGGCAGAAGAAGAUGCAAAACCAGAGUCAGAAGAUGAGGCUGAGGAGAAAAGCAAUGAAAAAGGUGAGAAUCCUGAUGAGAAUGGUGAGGAACCCACCAGGGAUGACCCUGAGAAUGCACGUGAAAAACACGAAGACCAAGGCAACAACAAAGUUUCUGAGAAAGCCUCAAAGACCAAAGGCAAGAGAACCAACAAAAAGUUAGAGACUCUGAAAAAAUCCACAGCCUUUUCUUGUUAUUCUUCUGUCGGAAACUUCUCACAGCAAUCCCAGAAGGGGUCUGAUGAUGAAGAGGAAAGAGUGGAUGAAGAGGAAGGAGUAGUUGAAGAGGAAGGAAUAGCUGAAGAGGAAGCAGUUGAAGAGGAAUGCAAAGGUGAUGAUAACCCCACUAGCGACCACCCAAAUGGAGAGGUUCGAAGUGAUGAGAGCUCCAAACCCUCUCAGAUGUAUCCUGACAGUGAGGAAGAAGAAGAGGACAAAGAAUCUUCAGGUUCUGAUCCUGUGGGAGAUGAGGAGCAGCCAGAUGCUGAAGGUGCAGAUCCAAAGGAGGCUGAAAACACCGAGGAAGUUCAGGCUGUUAAAAAGAAAGAAAACUCUGAUGAGAUUGACCAGGAUGACCUGGACUUCUAG